GCACGAUGGAUCCAGUACACAAUAUGAUUUGCCUUCCUAGCCUAUGCAAAGACAUUAUUGAUACGCCGGAAUUCCAGAGACUUAGGGACCUCACUCAGCUCGGUGCUACAUCCUACGUAUUCGACGGUGGGGUACACUCCAGAUUCGAACAUAGCAUCGGGGCUGCUCACCUGGCACAAACCUUCGCAACUGGUCUACGGGACCGACAACCUCACCUCGGUAUUAGUCAGAAGGAUGUGGUUUGUGUGACAGUAGCAGCCUUAUGCCAUGACCUGGGACAUGGGCCAUUCUCACAUACGUGGGAGUCUUGUGUCCUGCCUAGUAUGGGUAUUCAUCAUCACGAGCACGAGCAAGUCAGUCUAAAGCUACU